CUCAAAAUAUGGGCCGCUAUAACCGUAAUUUCUUGGCCACUUACCUCGCUCCUCAUCUGAAGUUUUCAAAAUAUUAUAUAUUAAUAAUACCAAAUAUCAUCAACCGCCAUUUCUGUUUUCAAGCACUACAGUUCAGCUCUGGCCUAGCUAGUUCUUCACCAAAAUACUUUCCUCUAGCCUUCUCUGUAUUUUCAGGUAGAGGUAGAGUAUCGUCAAAAAUGUCGUCGACAAUGAAAGGAAUGUUUAUCAAGACUGCGCCGGAUUUUGGUAAUAAUCAGUGCUUAUUCAAGGGGAAGUAUAUCGAUCCGAGUGAUCAUUUUCUUUUUCGAUCGAACCGUUCUAUCUUACGCUUCACUUGGAAUCCUCAUCUCGUUUUCAAUGGUUUUGCUAAUUCAAAGAGCCAGAGAUUUGACCAGCCUUUACAAGGCAGAAUCCGAGGGCAAGUUCUCACUCCGGUGUCUGAAUCGACCAUCAAAAAGCAAGUAUUUACUUUUGGCAAAGGAAGGAGCGAAGGCAACAAGAGCAUGAAGUCCUUAUUGGGAGGGAAGGGAGCAAACCUGGCAGAGAUGGCAAGCAUUGGGUUAUCAGUGCCGCCUGGACUUACCAUAUCAACAGAAGCUUGCCAAGAAUAUCAGCAUAAUGGGAGAAAGCUGCCAGAAGGUUUGUGGGAGGAGAUAUUGGAAGGCUUGCAAAGUGUGGAAGAAGACAUGGGAGCUUCCCUUGGUGACCCGUCUAAGCCUCUCCUCCUCUCUGUUCGCUCUGGUGCAGCGAUUUCUAUGCCUGGCAUGAUGGACACUGUCCUUAAUCUUGGAUUAAACGAUGAAGUGGUAGUUGGUUUGAGUUUGAAAAGUGGAGAGCGUUUUACUUAUGACUCCUACAGACGUUUUCUAGACAUGUUUGGAAAUGUUGUAAUGGGAAUCCCACGCUCAUCAUUUGAGGAGAAGUUAGAAAAGAUGAAGGAUGCAAAAGGAGUAAAACUUGAUACUGAUCUAUCAGCCCAUGAUCUCAAAGAGCUGGUGGAGCAGUACAAGAAAGUCUACCUUGAAGCUACUGGUGAAGAGUUUCCUUCAGAUCCAAAGAAGCAACUGCAGUUAGCUGUUAAAGCAGUGUUUGACUCUUGGGACAGCCCAAGGGCCAUUAAGUAUCGGAACAUCAAUCAAAUUAGUGGCUUAAAGGGAACUGCGGUAAACAUUCAAUGCAUGGUGUUUGGUAAUAUGGGAAAUACUUCAGGAACCGGUGUUCUGUUCACUAGAAAUCCAAGCACAGGUGAAAAGAAGCUCUAUGGGGAGUUUCUAAUUAAUGCUCAGGGAGAGGAUGUAGUUGCUGGAAUUAGAACACCAGAAGACUUGGAUACCAUGAAAAAUUGCAUGCCCGAAGCUUAUAAGGAGCUUGUGGAGAAUUGCGAAAUUCUAGAGCGUCACUACAAAGAUAUGAUGGAUAUUGAGUUCACAGUUCAAGAAAAUAGGUUGUGGAUGUUGCAAUGCCGAUCUGGAAAGCGUACUGGUAAAGGUGCAGUGAAGAUUGCGGUGGACAUGGUUAAUGAAGGGCUUGUUGAUAGUCACUCUGCAAUCAAGAUGGUGCAGCCACAGCAUCUCGAUCAACUUCUUCAUCCCCAGUUUGAGGAUCCAUCUGCGUACAAAGACAAAGUAAUUGCAACGGGCUUGCCUGCAUCUCCGGGGGCAGCAGUGGGGCAGAUUGUGUUUAGCGCUGAUGAUGCCGAAGCAUGGCAUACACAGGGAAAAAGCGUCAUUUUGGUAAGGACAGAAACAAGUCCAGAGGAUGUUGGGGGUAUGCAUGCAGCUACUGGAAUAUUGACAGCUAAAGGUGGUAUGACAUCUCAUGCUGCUGUUGUAGCACGGGGUUGGGGCAAAUGUUGUGUUUCUGGCUGCUCCGAUAUUCGUGUAAAUGAUUCUGAGAAGGUUGUUGUAGUUAGGGAUAUGGUGAUUAAUGAAGGAGAAUGGAUCUCACUCAAUGGGUCAACAGGUGAAGUGAUAUUGGGGAAACAACCACUAUCUCCUCCAGCUCUAAUCGGUAAUUUAGAGACAUUUAUGUCUUGGGCUGAUGAAAUAAGACGCAUCAAGGUUAUGGCCAAUGCUGAUACUCCUGAAGAUGCGCUAACAGCAAGAAAUAAUGGUGCACAAGGAAUAGGACUUUGUAGGACAGAGCACAUGUUCUUUGCUUCAGAUGAGAGGAUAAAGGCUGUAAGAAAGAUGAUAAUGGCAGUUACUCCAGAGCAGAGGAAGGCAGCACUAGACGUUUUACUACCUUACCAAAGAUCAGACUUUGAGGGAAUUUUUCGUGCAAUGGAUGGCCUUCCGGUAACAAUCCGACUCCUGGACCCUCCACUUCAUGAAUUUCUUCCAGAAGGUGAUCUGGAACAGAUUGUUGGUACACUAACUACUGAGACUGGCAUGACUGAAGAUGAAGUUUUCACAAGAAUCGAGAAAUUAUCAGAAGUAAACCCUAUGCUUGGUUUUCGAGGUUGCAGGCUAGGGAUAUCGUACCCAGAACUUACUGAAAUGCAAGCACGUGCAGUCUUUCAGGCUGCAGUCUCAAUGAGAAACCAGGGUGUUACAGUUCUUCCAGAGAUAAUGGUUCCCCUUGUUGGAACACCUCAGGAAUUAGGACAUCAAGUGACUUUAAUACGUAGUGUUGCAAAGAAAGUGUUCUCAGAGAUGGGUGUCACCUUAAGCCAUAAGGUGGGGACUAUGAUUGAGAUUCCUAGAGCUGCUCUGGUUGCAGAUGAGAUUGCAAAAGUAGCAGAGUUCUUUUCCUUUGGGACCAAUGAUCUCACUCAAAUGACAUUUGGCUAUAGUAGAGAUGAUGUUGGCAAGUUUCUCCCCAUAUACCUAUCCAAAGGCAUUUUACAAAGUGAUCCAUUUGAGGUACUUGAUCAGAAAGGUGUAGGCCAACUCAUCAAGAUGGCCACAGAAAAAGGCCGUGCAGCUAGGCCUAGCUUGAAGGUUGGAAUAUGUGGAGAGCAUGGUGGGGAGCCUUCUUCUGUUGCAUUCUUUGCAGAGGCUGGACUGGAUUAUGUUUCAUGUUCUCCAUUCAGGGUUCCCAUUGCAAGGUUAGCAGCAGCACAAGUUGCUGUCUGAAAGAGAAUUCAAGAGGAGCAGCUCUCCAUCACCAUGUUACUGUCACUUUGUGCAGUUGUCAAUAACUUAUCCCUCGAAUGCCAAUAAUAACCUCGACCACAGUUGAAUAAGAUAGCUUCUUUUUUUUUCAAAUAAUAAUGAUAAUAGCAAUAAUAAAUGAAAAAAAAAAAAAAUUGAAGUGAACAUUAUAGAGGUGUAAGUAAGAAAUGUUCGACUCCUUGUAGGGGGCCCAGGUCUUCUGAAUUAUAGAGAAAGCUCCUAACAGCGAUUAUAUAUAAUCAGUGAAUAAAUUAUAUUCAAUGUGAAUAAUAUCCAACAGUCCCGGGGGAUGCAUGUUCAUGUUUA